UUGAAUCCGCCCCUGCUCUCUGGAUUGCACCCGGGCGGGAAGGCCCGACAGCUACGCCGCCCGCUGGUGCCCCGGGGCCGGCCGGCCGGCUGGUUCCUCCAUAGGUGGCUGCGUUUCCGACUUCGCCCUGGCUCCACUCCGGGGGCUUGACGUGCAAACUUCGCCCGAGAGAGCUGAGAGGGAGGGACCGGCGAGGGGGAGGAGGCGGCGGGAGGCGCCUCCGCUUAAGGGAGCCGGCCGGGCGCCGCCGCUCGGACGGACGCGCGGACGGAAGGAAGGAGCGGGGCCGCCGGGCCCGGCCCAGGGAUGCGAGCGGCCUCAGGGAGCGGAAAGAAUGUCGGAGCGGGCCGCGGAUGACGUCAGGGGGGAGCCGCGCCGAGCGGCGGCGGCGGCGGGCGGAGCAGCGGCCGCGGCCGCCCGGCAGCAGCAGCAGCAGCCUCCGCAGCCCCAGCGGCAGCCGCCGCCGCCGCGGCGCCUACGGCCGGAGGACGGUGGCCCUGGCGCCGCCUCCACCUCGGCCGCCGCCGCAAUGGCGACCGUCGGGGAACGCCGGCCCCUGCCGAGUCCCGAAGCGAUGCUGGGACAGUCGUGGAAUCUGUGGGUCGAAGCUUCCAAACUUCCUGGGAAAGACGGGACGGAAUUGGACGAAAGUUACAAGGAGUUUGGGAAAAACCGCGAAGUCAUGGGGCUCUGUCGCGAAGACAUGCCAAUAUUUGGUCUCUGUCCAGCCCACGAUGAUUUCUACUUGGUGGUGUGUAACGACUGUAAUCAGGUUGUCAAACCACAGGCAUUUCAAUCACAUUAUGAAAGAAGACAUAGCUCAUCCAGCAAGCCUUCUCUGGCCGUUCCUCCCACUUCAGUGUUUUCCUUCUUCCCUUCUCUGUCCAAAAGCAAAGGAGGCAGUGGAAGUGGAAGCAGCCGUUCUUCCAGCGGAGGAGUCCUGAGCGCAUCCUCGUUAAGUUCCAAGUUGUUGAAAUCGCCCAAAGAGAAACUGCAGCUCAGGGGGAACAGGCCAAUGCAUCCCAUUCAGCAAAAUAGAGUCCCCCAUGGUAGAAUCAUGACGCCUUCUGUCAAAGUGGAGAAGAUUCAUCCGAAGAUGGAUGGCACACUACUGAAACCCGCGGCAGGGCCCGCCUGUCCUGCUCCUGCGAGCUCCUCAGUCAAGCCUGGCCUUAACUGCCCCUCAAUACCAAAGCCAACCUUGCCUUCACCUGGACACGUUCUAAAUGGCAAAGGGCUUCCUGCACCACCUGUUCUGGAAAAGAAGUCAGAAGAUUACUCCAAUAACAGGAAGUUUUUAAAUAAGAGAUUAUCAGAAAGAGAGUUUGAUCCUGACAUCCACUGUGGGGUCAUCGACGUCGACACCAAGAAGCCCUGCACCCGGUCUUUGACAUGCAAGACACAUUCCUUAACCCAGCGGAGGGCUGUCCAGGGUAGAAGAAAACGAUUCGACGUGUUGUUAGCCGAGCACAAAAACAAAACCAGGGAAAAGGAUUCGAUUCGCCAUCCGGACUCUCAGCAACCAGCGCAGCCUCUCAGGGACCCACAUCCCAUCCCUCCUAGAACGUCACAGGAGCCACACCAAAACUCUCACGGAGUGAUUCCCUCCGAAUCAAAGCCUUUCAUAGCUAGUAAACCUAAACCUCACACCCCCAGUCUUCCAAGGCCUCCAGGCUGCCCUGCUCAGCAAGGUGGGAGUGCCCCCAUUGACCCUCCUCCAGUCCAUGAGUCUCCACACCCUCCCCUGCCUGCCACUGAGCCAGCUUCUCGGUUAUCCAGUGAGGAGGGAGAAGGCGAUGACAAAGAAGAGUCUGUUGAAAAACUGGACUGUCAUUAUUCAGGUCAUCAUCCUCAGCCAGCAUCUUUUUGCACAUUCGGGAGCCGGCAGAUUGGAAGAGGCUAUUACGUGUUUGACUCCAGGUGGAACCGGCUUCGCUGCGCCCUCAACCUCAUGGUGGAGAAGCAUCUGAAUGCGCAGCUGUGGAAGAAGAUCCCACCCGUUCCCAGUACCACGUCGCCCAUGUCCACACGUGUUCCUCACCGGACAAACUCUGUGCCGACGUCACACUGUGGGGUUAGCUACCUGGCAGCAGCCACCAUGUCGCCUUCCCCCGUCCCGCUCUCGUCCACCUGCGUCUCCCCCAGCAGUAAGUCGGUCCCAGCUCACGGAACCACACUGAACGCCCAGCCCGCCGCCUCCGGGGCUGUGGACCCUGUGAGCAGUAUGCAGUCCAGACAAGUGUCUUCCUCCUCCUCCCCCUCCACGCCCUCCGGCCUGUCCUCCGUGCCCUCUUCCCCCAUGGCCCGGAAACCUCAGAAGCUGAAAUCCAGCAAGUCUUUGCGGCCCAAGGAUUCUUCUGGUAACAGCACGAACUGUCACAGUGCCAGUAGCAGUGCCAGCGGCGGCUCAGGAAAGAAACGCAAAAACAGCUCCCCACUGUUAGUUCCCUCGUCCUCCUCCUCGGCAUCCUCGUCCUCUUCUUCUCAUUCCAUGGAGUCUUUUAGGAAAAACUGCGUGGCUCACUCGGGACCUCCCCACCCCGCAGCGGUAGCCUCUGCCCCAGGCAUCAGCCUCAACUGUGUGGUCAGCCGAGCGAACUCACUGGGUGGCCGGCACGAGCAGCCGGGGUGCCGGGGCACCUCCGGCGGGAACCCCUGCGAGUCCAUCAAGAGGAUGAGCGUGAUGGUCAACAGCGGCGAUUCCACACUCUCCCUCGGCCCCUUUGUGCACCAGGCCGGCAGUGAGCUACCCGUCAACUCCCACGGCGCCUACCCGCACUCGCACACUCCUCUGGACAAACUCCUAGGAAAGAAAAGAAAGUGCUCACCCGGCUCGAGCGGUGUCAACAGCGGCGGCGGCAGCAGCAAGCCCGCCAAGGUGGCCAGACUGCCGGCCGUGAACAACGUCCACCCGAAACACGCGGGCCCCAGCCCAGCGGCCCCGGGGCUGACGAACAGCUCCCUCCUCCACCAGGUAGGACAGGGCCUGGGGCCACCGUGGGGAGGCCCGUGGCCUCUCCCUUGACAUGGGUGAUCAACUCGGAGAUCUGUGCGGUCGGUUUGGUGGGUUUGCCUAAAAGCAAGUGUCCGGCUUCACGGUGUCUUUUAAGAAAAGGCCAAGUUGAAGGCCAGAUGAAGGUCACACGGGCGCCUCUCUGCCAGACUCUGUGAUGACUCGGAAGAUGCUCCUGGCUAAGGAGGCCACACCAAGUGCAUUUCAGCAGCUGGGAUGGUGGACACCGUCCUGCGUGACGGUGGGGCCCUCCCUGUCCUGGAGCGCAGUCCUCUCGUACGUUUUUCUGAAGAAAGCUGGGCGAAAAUCACGCUGGUUUAGAAAGGGAUGAUUUAAAUUUGAAAAAGGCUGUUAUAUUUUUCCCAUCAAAGAGUUUCAGGUUUUCUUGUCAAUUCCCCCCCUCUGUGUUCUCCUCCCUGUUUUCCAAGGAGGCAGGGAAGCAGAAUUUCACUAUGGCAGAGCAGAAGACUGAUAUCUUAUUAACGUUAACAGAUUGAAAAGAAACCUGCAUGUGACCUGUCUCUAGAAAAGGGCUUGUUGGGCAUCGGAUUCAUUACUGACCGUGGUUUCUCUGGCUGUGUCUUGUCUCUUCCCCACUCCUCCUCCGGCUGCUGUUUGCUCCUGUAGCCAGUUCCUCCACCUUCCUCUUUCUUCUGUCCAGCUCCUCUCUCAUCUUAUUGUUUGAUUCAGCAGAGUACUUUCUGUCCUUGCUUACAAGCAGGAAUUUCAGCAAUGUCACCCUCAGAGCUCUGCUUUAAAAUGUGAGGCUCCUUUUGUUUUGUUUUGUUUUCCCUUCCUCAUCUUCAAAACUGAACAUAAAUGUCAGACUAGAACUUGUCCAGAAAAUACCAAGAAGUUUCUUCAUGAGGCAGAAGUUUCCCUCAGUAUAUGUGUGAAUGAAAACUCGGCGCCAAAGGUGUGGGGAAAAUAAUGACGCAUGAAUUUCAGUAGCAGCUGCUUCAAUUCUUCUCUUUGAGACACAAAUACAUAUGGGCUAUUUGUGUGUCAUUUGGGCCUGUGAACAGGAUUCCUGGACAAGUGAAAACUUCUUGAUGUGUAGUUUAAUGAUAAGCAUAAAAAUGCACUGCAAACACUGUAAGAAUCGAUCCCUUAGUAAUACCCUUGUGAGCAUAGUUUCCCGAUUCAUGUGAAUCCUGGGAGGGAAGAAGUCCGACCGCACGUACCCCUGUCACGGAGCGGGCCGUCUUCACACAGAAGCUGCUGCAGACCCGACUGCCCGCGGUGUCGGGGCAAGGUGGAGAACUGGGGAGUGGGCGCCUCAUCUGCACAGAGCAGCGACUCCCAGAAACUUGCUCUAAUUUCAAAGAGAAACUGCGCAUCUGAACCUUCAUGAGAAAUUUCACCAUUUUCCAAAGCUCUGUAGUUUUGUUGUUUUUUUUUUUUUUUUUUUUCAUUUUGUCUUGAUCUGGUGAAGCCCACACAUCUGUCAGCUAAGUUUGGCUCAGGAGCUACCAGUUUGCCACCUCUCAUUUCCACCAUCUGAGGAGGACUACGUCCCCCUUGGACAAACAGCCUAUGUUUGGGUUCUUUUCCUUAAAAGCAGUUUCUCAUCAUGUUUGUAUUUGAGAAAGGUUUUUUAUCUGCAGUGGAAUACGUUCUGUUACGCUACACAGACUCGGUGGGCGGGGGUGUGGGGCAUGGCUACAGACCACAGGAUGGACAAACUGCCCAAAAAAGUAUUGCGUAUUUUUACAUCCCUGAUCAUUUAGCUGCAAGAGGGAAUCAGUAGCUUUCUUCAGACUAUCAAAGGGACCCAUGCCUCCAAAAUGCUGUACAGAAGUCUGCUCUUAGACCACUAGGGGCCUGAGCUCGCUCUUCUCCAUGGAGCAGAUUUUAGAGCCGAGAUAACCGGGCUGGUUUGAGUCCCUUUAACAACAGAAUGGGGGACCUGCUGGGGAGCCUGGGAGAUACUGCUGAGUGCCCGCCCAGCCCCUGAGUCAACUUGUGGGCUCUGCCACCAAGGACCUAAAAAUAGCUCACUGCAGGCCAGCGAAGGCCAGAGUCCCCUCUCCCUGCCUCCCCUCCGCCUUGGGUGUGAGCUUUCACACCUGUGUGCUGGCCCAUUUGACCUUGUUCACAUCUCAGUUGACAACCUGGAAAAGCCUCAAGGAAGCAGCAUCCGUAAAUAGAACCAAAAGGCAAACAUGUGAGCCUUUUCUCUAAGCUAGAAACCCAGGCUGCAUCUCUUCUGGACUGUUUUCUGAGAGCCAGUCUCUUAGAAGGAUUGUGCCCAAGGUCGUUGGAGACUGCUGAAAGCUAAAACCAAGUUCUCUAGCUGCCUGAUCCUGGCACAGCCUGGGCAGAGGAGACAUGAGCGGCGCAUGGCCUUGGGAGUACCUUGUUUAGAAUCAGGGCAGGGCUGGGGACAGCUGCUUACUUACCUUUCGAUGUCUCCGCACCCCUCUCUGUUUUGAAAGCCAAAGGCCCGUCCCUGACAGCUGGAAAUAGCAUGGGGAGGAAUAAUGUGGACACUUUUGACAAGUAACACCUCCACUCAGCACUCUGAAUUCCACAACACCUUUGAGUCUGUUUUCCCAGCCUCCUUUGGGUCUCGAGGGUAGAAAUUUGCCGGGCCGUUGUUUUAACAAGGAUGCCCCUGAAGCUUUGUCUGUGCUCGUUAAAGGACACUGGAUCAAGUCCAGCCACCAAGUUGCUUUUAUCAGCGUUAGAGUGGUCUGGAUGGCUUGCUGCCAUCUGUGAGAAGUUCCUGUCUUGUUGUUGAACCUGCAGCAUAUCACCAAGCUGCUCUCGGAGGAGGUUGGCUGGCGCAAGUGUCUUGGCAAGAGUGUGACUGUAGUCUUUUCUCCCUCCCUGCCUCCCUCACUCUCCCUGCCUAGGUCUUCCCUCACCCUGGCAUCUGUAGGUCCCAGGUCCCUCCCCAGCAGUCAGAUACCGUAACUGGAGAGACCUCUGGGGGCAAGCAGAGCUGCACCCCGAACAGCCCUCUGGAGAAGGGAGUCUGGGGCUAGGUGUUAACAUCAGGGGUCCAGAAUGGAGUGUGCACGUUAGUGUGAGGCGCUGUGAUAAAAGAGCCUGUGUUUCCGCCCAGCGUUUUGCCAGUAAUUCUAGAUCAGAAGCCGUCAGAAGUUUUUCAUGUGUGAACUGGUUUAAAAGCCAUUGAUGGCCAGAGAGCAAGGAUACACCAGUGUAGAGGCUUACUUUUCAUGGUACAAAAGCAAUUCUGUGUUGAAUUUUUUUUAAAAAAUGCAGACAAUUUUGAGAAUGGAAAGCCAAAUUUUGGUGGGAGGGGGCAGAUAAAAAUCACCAUGGGGGAAAAUUUUCCACGAUUUCCAAAGAGAUUGAUUUUUUUUUUAAACCUUUGUUGUCGUGUUAAACAGUAUGAUUAGGCCAGAUGUCCUGCCCAGGCUCCUGUUUUUAAAAAAUUGCCUUUGUAUCUUGAAAUAACUGGGAUGCAGCAGAAUCUGUCAUUCACCGAGUCACUGGAAUGCUGAAAUGUUUCCAGGGCGCUCUGUGCAUUACCCUCACCCUCUUUGGAUACCGUCCUGAGACUAAGUGUAUAUUUCUGCUUGGAGCACACCCCGUGUUGUGUGUAUCUAUACCCCACGUCCAGCCAUUGCACACACUUCUGUGGCUGCCACUGAGGUGGGCGGCAGGCACCCCGGGCGGGGUGCAGGUGACAGUGCCCAUGUGGAGGUGGACACACCUCCCUUCUUGGGAUUAAUGCCUGUGAUCUCCCUGAGGGUUUCAGAGACCACCCACCCACCCGCCCCCCACCCACCCAGAAUGGUUUUCCUAGUAUUUAACCCCCAGAGAAAGAGUUUGAUAGGUUAAGGCAUCUCUGCCUGAGAAGGUGCCAUUGAAUUUGAGGGGAUGAACUGGAGUUUUUCAAUAGUUGAUUCCACCAGCAGCUCCUGAAAGGAGAACCAGGCAUUUCGCUUAGAGGAACACAGGAAGUUGCCAAACCACAGGGUAAAUUUCCCAAGGCUCCGAUCGUGGCCCCAGGUAGAGCCAGGACAGAGCCAGUCAGUGCAUGUAUUUUCCUUACAAUUCUUGGGUUACAAACUUCAGAUUCAGGGAAUUUUCAGUCAACAACAGGUAGAAUGAAUAAAUACUUGGUUACCAGCCUAAUAAUGUGAAUCGCUACAGAAUUAUUAUGUAAGAUAACAAAGUUUAUGGAGAUACUUUAGCUAUAAAUUGAUGUAAAAUACUGAUUCUUUUUUUAAAGGAAGGGGAGAACAGUAUCUUGUUCAGUUAUUAUGCAAUCAAUUAGUAAAUGUUUUUAAAAUGAUACUGUAAGAGAGCUUGUAAGAAGAGUGCACAGAUGGGCCCAUUUGGUAUAGUUAGGAGAGGUCGGUCUGGUUUUUCAUCCCAGGAGAGGGAGAGAAGGAGGUAAGAGGAAAUCAGAACGUACCUAGCUGAUUCCUCAGUGACAAGUGCAAUGGGGGAUGGGUAGAAUUUAUUUUCAGAGCCAAGGGGACUUGAUGGUUAUAAAUAAAGUUGCUUUUAGUGAUGGAAUUGUAGACAGAUCAUGUUGUUCCAGAAGAUGUGAAUAGGACCCAUGAUAGAAAGUUGACUCAGAAUAAUGUAGAUAUUUAGAUAAGCGAAUCUUGAUCCUUUGAUUUCUUAGAUUGAGGUUUUAAUUUCAUUAUUGUCUCCCGGUAGUACACAGAGCAUCGGGAUUAGGAAAUUAGCCAUUUUGGACUCUGCCUGCCACAAACAGACCUAUUCUAAACAGUGCUAUUAAAUUUUAGACUGUUGUUCAAAUAUUUUUAUUUUCUCCUACAACUACUUUUUAUUAUAAAUGAACAAGACCAUUUAAAACACGGGAGUACAAGUAUUUUUUUGAACUAAAUUAACUUGCAGAAACCAAAUUUGCAGUGGUUGGGUUGUUUCUAGACAGAUUUUGGUAUCAAUUUAAAACCAAGAUAAUUUUUAUAUUCUUUCCAAUAGAAUUUCGUGACAACUCCUGCAGUUUUCUUAACUUACAAAAAAAGAAAAAGUGCUGCAAUGAUGAACAAAGAAUUAUACAAAAACCUACUUUUGUAUCUUUAUUUUGGAAUUUCUUGUUCUAUUAUAAAUAUGGAAGUAUCCCUAUUUGAGAAGACAUAUUUUGUUAAAAAUGAAUUGUACAUAUUUAAAUAUGUAUUUUUGCACAGGUCUUUUUUUCUGAUAUCCUGUUUUGGUACAAUUGAGAUCAUCUAGUAUUUAUUUAUUAAUUAAUAAAAGUAAAUACCUUUUUAUAAUUUGAAGUGGUUCACUGCCAAGCCAGUAGUUCUAGGACCUGCCUCCUUUACCAUGUAAGGGACGCCUCUGUCCUGUGGAAGUCUUGUGUCCCUUUCAGUGUCUCGGGAGUGGAUUCAUGCAGAUGAAGUGGGCAUUGCUUCUCCCUAGUUGCUUGAUUUCCCUAUAGACUACAUGUACCAAGUGACACACUGCUUUUCUUUUGUUAUGUGUGAGAGUGUGUGUGUGUGCACGCACGCGUACAUGUGUAUGUGUGCGCCCCGAGCACACGGGUGUUAGUAUGUGACGUGAUGAAAACUAAUGGGAAAAACACAAAACUGAAAGUGCCUGAACCUAGUUUUAAGCUUAGACAGAUUCUUUAAAAAGACUUGAAUGUUCAGUUGAACUUUUUUGGAGUUUGCUUUUUCCACCUAAAUAUUGUUACUUAAAUUUUAGGGGAGGAGUUGAAAACCACCAAAUGCUGGUAAUUUUAUAAGGUAUUUUAAAAUCAAGACCUUUUGGUUCACAGGAAUUCAACUGGCGAUGAAUUGCCAAGUGGCACCAAGGGUUACAAAUCUUCUGUCAGCCAGCAACUUACAUAGUCGUGUCCGUUUUGUUAUUCACUCGUGAAAUGCAGAGUUUAAAAUAGAAUAUUUAAAAUAUUUUGUAUUCCAAAAAAUAUAAUACAGAGUACCUCUGAGAACAUUGAAAAAAAUGUAUAAUUUGAAAAAAUGUAAGCUUCUAAAGGCAGCUGUCUUCCUGCAAGAGUUCUGUUGCCAAGGAAUUUCUUAAUGUCUGUCAUUCUGUCCUGCGGUGGGGGUGGGGGGUGGGGGGAGUUGGGCUUUGGAAAAAAUGAUUGUUAAAAGUUUCAUUAUGUUUAGCAGAAAAAUAAUCAUUUUUACAUUUUGUGUAAAACCUUUUACAUUUUCAGAUCAUUUAAAUGAGCACUACAUACUGUCAGUGUGAGUGUAGGGCCUUGAAAGCAUUUUGCCGGUUUCUUUCUUUUUUUUUUUUCCCCUUUGAGCUUGGUUAUAAAAGCAAUCUCCUGUUUAAAAUGUGUGAAUAGUUUGAUCAUUUGUACACAUAAUCAAGAGCAUCUCAGCUGGACUUUUUGUUGGCUGCUGUAUAGAACAUGAACAAAUGUCAAGGGAUAGAAGAUUACUUUGGAUAUUUAAAAGAGAAGAAAUAUAUAGUCUAUUUGUUUUGUAACAAGUUCUGUAAAUAAAAUAAUUUAUACUAUUUAUAAGAAAAGUUGUGCUUUGCUUUAUGAGAAAUUAGUUUGUGGAACAAACAUGUUAAUGGGCAAUAAAACUAGGAUUUCUCAAUAAAUAAGGUUGCCUGCAUGAAAUA